AUGAUCAGCAACAUGGCGCCCCCACUCCGCCUGCAUUGCGCCCUCCUGCUGGCCCUGCUGGCCGCCCCCCUGAUCUGCCAGCUGUCGCCUGCUGCCGCCCAGAGCAUUGCCCUACCCGUCACGCAGCGCUCGUUCUCCGCUGACGAGGUCGCAGCUCAGGUUGCUACCCGCGCCGCCUACUUCCGCAACGUAGCAGAUGCAAGCUCUGACGUCAGCAGGAGGAGCUUGUUGGCUGCCACCCCCGGCAUGGCCCUCGGGGGGGGGUUCCUCACUCAGUUCACGUUCACAGUGGACGUGAAGGUGGGCACCCCCCCCGUGACGCUCCCCCUGAUCGUCGACACGGGGAGCCACGGGCCGAAGUACGACCCGGCCUCUUCGACCACGGCCCUCUCCAACGCGACGUGCGACCAGUGCGCUGCGGGGGGGCUCGGGGCCACCGGGUGCUUGGGGGCCGCGUAUUCCACUGGGUGCCAGUUUGAGAUUCAGAACCUGAACAGGGGCGCGGCCGGGCCGUAUCUCCGGGACGUGGUGGCGUUGGGGUCGGUGUCCACCGGGACCGCGCGCAUCUUCCUCGGAACCAGUAUCUUUCAGUACUUCAAUGAUUCCAACGCCGGGCAGGUGGGGUUCGGGCCCGCAGGAGCGUCGCUGCCGGCGCAGCUGAAGCAGGUGGGCGCUUUGACAACCACCACGUUCGGCCUGUGCCUCGCCUCCGGCUUUGACACCGGCGGCACGCUCUUCCUCGGGGGGGUGCCCACACAGCCCGGCGGUGCCAACUACGCAGUCAGCUAUACCACCCCGCCUAUUAACACCAACUCCCCGUUCUGGUCUACCCCGGCCCCGACAAACGUCCUGCUCAACGGCGCCCCGGUGCCGGGGGCUGCCGCAGCGCUGACGGCAGAUACUGGGGCCACGUGGAUCUUGGACUCGACACCACGACUUGCACCCCUCGAGCUCUACGCGCGCUUCCCCGUCCUCACGAUCCAGCUGCCCGGCACGCAGAUCGUGGCGCGGCCCAAGUCGUACAUCACCCCUUUGGACCCAAACAAUGAGCAGAUCAGCAUCGGGAUUUUCGACGGGGGGCCAAAUGACGCGGCCUUCCCGGACGCGCCCCCCGUCCGCAAAAUCGGCCCCAGUUUCACGACCGACAACCUGGUCGUCUACGACGCGGACAACAAGCGCGUGGGGUCCUCUAGCAUGAACUGCAACACUCUGCGUAAGUUACCCCCCCAAAACCGAAAUUUCGGAUCGUUUGAAGCGCCAGCUCUCCGCAUACGUUUUCUCUACUGCUUUCUUUUCGACUUGCCAGCACAGUAUCCAAGCGAGAAGCUUUUUCUUGUUUUCCGCGAGAUAGAGUCACUGAACUGGCAAGCUGGGCCACGAAAGGUCCUUCGGCUUUCGCGUCUGGGGAUGGACGUUUCAAGAAGAUGGUGA